UCGCCAACAGGAACAGAUCUGAAAGUAGUUAUACAAAGUUCUGCACUGAAAAUGUUCUUCUUUAAUUGUUGGUGGCUGCUGGCCAUUUCUGGAUGCACCUUUGCCUAUAUAGAGAUACCGGAGUCCUAUCUGGCUGCUAUUAGGCAGGAUCGUGCCGAUGACCAGUCGGCGGGAGAGUACAACUACGAUGAGCAGGGUGAUGACUGGACGGGAACCUGCCAAACUGGGGAGAAGCAGUCACCCAUAGACUUGAUUUUUGAAGAUUCUAAAAUAGUCUCCAUUCCUCGCUUGCGGUUCCAAAAUUAUGACCAGCCCUUGCAAACGCCACUUGUAAUUGUAAAUAAUGGACACACAGCUAACAUGGUUAUACCUCCCACUCGAGGUGGGCAGCGGGCCUCUAUAAAUGGCAGUCUCUUGCCCGGAAACUUCGAGGUUCAGAGCGUACACUUCCAUUGGGGAUCGCGGAAUUCCAAGGGAUCGGAACAUGCCAUCAACUUCCAGCGUUACGAUGUGGAAAUGCAUAUUGUCCAUAAGAACACCAUAUACAACACAAUGGGCGAGGCAACGCAGCAUUCCGAUGGUCUGGCUGUUUUGGGGGUAAUGUUUAGGGCCACUGCCAAUCCUACUCAAGGCUCUCGGCUCUAUGGACUGAACAAGAUCUUUAACCGGCUGCCGAGAAUCGUGCAAUAUAACUCAAAUGCUACGAUAACUGGAAGACUGACAGUUGGCCAGUUGUUGGGAAACAUUGUGACAGGAGAGUUUUUCACUUAUAAUGGAUCUCUGACCACACCAGAUUGUGCCGAAGCCGUAACGUGGACCGUUUUCCCCGACGUUCUUGACUAUCCACGUCGUCAGAUCGAAAAACUCUGGAACCUCAUGGACUCACGGAAAAAACCUUUGAUCGACAACUAUCGCAACAUUCAGGACACCAAUGAUAGAGAUGUAUAUUACCGAACCAUUUAA